AUGCUAGUGCUGUUGUUUAUACUGAUUGUGGUAUUCCUCUACUAUAACGCACAACUGAUGGACAAACUAAAGGCUGCGCUCACGAAGAACAGGGCGGCCGAUGACCAGUGUAUCUGUCGGGACAUUGAAUGUAACGACAAUUGUACGCAAACUAAACCAUUUGAUGAAAAGUCGCCGCUUUUGGCCGACAGACAGACUUCGUAUUCAAUACAAUACCCGCCCAACUAUUCGCCCGACCUUUCGUACGAGAUUCUGGACACUUCUCUGGAGAUUAGUCGGCAAUUGGACGCCAAGGACAAGGGCUCGUGUGUGUCCUUUCUGUACGGUGUGGUGAUGUCCCCCAUGAGGCUUCUCAUGUACCUAACGAUCGUAUCGAUAGAUCAGUCAUUAGUGGCAAACAAUACUCUGGAGACGUAUUGA